CAAUCUCCCAACUCAUCUCUGGGGUUAGUGACAGCUUCAGUUAGUUUGAGGAACCCGUCUACUCGGCUGUGUGAUAUUGAAUUAAUAUAAAACAGUGAGAAAGUAACGAUUAACUCGCGAUGGGGGACUCUCUGGAUGGAUCCGGGGAGCCACCUCCUGAGUCGCAAAAUGUCGCGAUUGUGGAUUAUACAGCAUUUACACAUUAUCUCCGCGAGGCCGUUACGAUCCUUCUACCGGACGAAGACUUGGGUACGCCCGCUUUUAACGUUGCUCUAGAGGAUAAGAACAACCAAGAGUGCAUCCGAAAAUUUAUCAGCGAUUCGCAAGUCUGGGCACUCUACAUUCAAAGAAGUUCGAACAAAGAAGAUGACAGUGGUGAAGGAGAUGAAGAAAAGGAAAAUAUUGUAUAUUAUAUUUCAAAUGAGAUCCACUUUUCAAACCCCAAAAUGGCCUCCUUAGUUUUGAUGAAACGUGGGGCUGUUGUUGAGGCUGAUAAAUCGAUUCACUCUCAAGUUCGCCUCGUCACAUUCUCUGAUGGGCCCCCUUAUGAAACGUUACAUGCGAUUAGCAAGGCCAUGGCUCCUUAUUUCAAGAGCUAUGUAAAAGAAACGGGACGGGCAGAUAGAGAUGGAGAUAAAAUGGCACCAUCCGUGGAAAAAAAGAUUGCCGAACUCGAGAUGGGACUGCUACACUUGCAGCAAAAUAUAGACAUUCCUGAAAUUUCAUUGCCCGUACAUCCAGUAGUCUUACAAGUGAUUAAGCAAUGUGCGGAUGAAAACAGAAAACCUAAAGUUGCCGAUUUCGGUGACAAAGUUGAAGAUUCUACUUUCUUGAAUCAAUUGCAAAAUGGUGUAAACAAAUGGAUCAAAGAAAUUCAAAAGGUCACCAAACUGAAUCGCGAUCCGGAGUCUGGUACUGCUCUACAAGAAAUAUCGUUUUGGCUGAAUUUGGAAAGAGCACUCCAUCGAAUUCAAGAAAAACGUGAAAGCAUCGAGAUAUCUCUCACACUGGAUAUAUUAAAACAUGGCAAACGAUUUCAUGCCACCGUCAGUUUCGACACGGAUACCGGCCUGAAACAAGCAUUGGCAACAGUGAAUGAUUAUAACCCACUGAUGAAGGACUUUCCUAUAAAUGAUCUGUUAUCUGCUACCGAGCUGGAAAGAAUUAGAUCUGCGGUUCAACAGAUCUUCUUGCAUUUAAGAAAAAUCAGAAAUACCAAAUACCCUAUUAAGAGAGUUCUGGGGUUAGUUGAAGCUAUUUCAAGAGAUCUAGGACAACAAUUGCUUAAAGUGCUUGGUACUCGAAGACUGAUGCACAUCCCAUUUGAUGAAUUUGAAAAGGUCAUGGGACAAUGCUUCGAGGUGUUCGGUACUUGGGACGACGAGUACGAUAAGUUAAUUGGCUUGUUAAGAGACGUGGUUAAAAAGAAGCGAGACGAGCAUAUGAAAAUGGUAUGGCGAGUUUCAUCCGCUCACAAAAAACUUCAAACUAGGAUGGAACACAUGCGACGAUUUCGUCGACACCAUGAACAGUUGAGGACCGUGAUUGUACGAGUACUGAGACCAACUGUUCGUCAAAAUAGCAAUACUGCAAGUAUCGAAAAUCCCGACAAUGAUAACGUGAAGGUAGAAUUCGCUCUAGAUGCAGCGGAUGCCAAUGCAAUCAGCGAAGUUAAUCUAGCAUACGAAAAUGUCAAAGAAGUGGAUUGUUUAGACAUCACGAAAGAAGGUCUGGAGUCGUGGGAAGCAGCAGUGCAUCGAUAUGAAGAACGUAUAGAACGAGUUGAAGCUCGAAUCACAGCACAUCUUCGGGACCAAUUGGGUACUGCUAAAAAUGCAAACGAAAUGUUCCGAAUAUUUUCGCGAUUCAAUGCUCUUUUUGUUAGACCGCACAUCAGAGGCGCUAUCAGAGAGUACCAAACGCAGUUAAUACAGCGAGUAAAAGACGACAUUGAAGCACUUCAUGAGAAAUUUAAGGUUCAAUACGCACAAAGUAAAUGCUGCAGAAUGAGCAUGAUUAGAGAUUUACCUCCAGUUUCUGGGUCUAUAAUCUGGGUGAAGCAGAUUGACUACCAAUUAACCAUGUAUUUAAAACGCGUGGAAGAUGUUCUUGGCAAAGGAUGGGAAAAUCACAUUGAGGGUCAGAAACUGAAAGCAGACGGGGACAGUUUCCGCUUGAAACUUUCGACCCAGGUUAUCUUCGAUGAGUGGGCACGAAAAGUGCAGCAACGUAACAUUGGAGUCACUGGAAGAAUAUUUACAAUCGAAAGCGUUCGUUCACGAUCUGGACGAGGCAAUGCACUUAAAUUGAAAGUUAAUUUCCUGCCAGAAAUCAUCACGCUAUCGAAGGAAGUUAGGAAUCUAAAGAAUCUUGGAUUCCGAGUGCCUUUAGCUAUUGUUAACAAGGCGCACCAAGCUAAUCAACUGUAUCCCUUUGCAAUUAGUUUAAUCGAAAGCAUCAGAACCUAUGAGCGGACUCUAGAAAAGCUUACCAAUCGGAGUCCUCACUGUCCCGCACUGAAGAUCGAAGAUAAGGCCAGCAUCAUCCCAUUAGUAGCUGGAAUGCGAAAAGACGUUUUAACACUCAUAUCCGAGGGGAUUGCUCUAGUGUGGGAAAGUUACAAAUUAGACCCGUAUGUCCAGCGAUUAUCCGAUGUGGUUGUCUCAUUCCAAGAAAAAGUGGAGGAUUUAUUGGUAGUCGAAGAACAGCUGGAUGUGGACGUCCGAUCGCUAGAAACUUGUCCGUACUCAGCAAAUACGUUCGCCGACAUACUGUCGAAGAUCCAGAAAUCUGUCGACGAGUUGUCUUUGAAGAACUAUUCGAAUUUGCAUAUUUGGGUUGCCAGGCUCGACGAAGAGGUCGAAAAGAAUUUAGCUGCUCGGUUAGAAGCCGGAAUUAAAGCAUGGACGGAUGCUCUUACUGGCCAGAAGAAGGAAGUUGAUUCGAGCAUGGAUACCGAUGCGCCUACACAGCCUACGCACAAGCCAGGUGGCGAUCCCAAGAUUCAGAAUCAAAUUCAUGAAGUUAGAAUCACCAAUCAGACGAUGUAUUUGUAUCCUAGUAUCGAGGAUGCGCGAUUUCAGAUAAUGCAACAACUGUUCGCUUGGCAAGCCAUCGUUACGUCCCAAGUUCGCCUUCAGAGUUCCCGAUAUCAAGUGGGGCUUGAUAAACCUGAAUCCGGCACGUACAGAAACCUUCUUACAAAAUUGCCUUCUGGAAAAGCGCCGUUAGAAUCUGCCUACGAUGCAGUCGAAUCGAGGAUAAAGGAUAUUUCCGAUUAUGUUGAUCAAUGGCUAAGAUACCAAGCGCUCUGGGAUCUUCAACCUGAUAACCUCUACGGAAAAUUAGGAGAUGAUAUAAGCUUGUGGAUGAAAUGCCUUAAUGACAUCAAGAAAACUAGAACGACAUUUGACACUUCCGAUACGAGACGUGAAUUUGGUCCCGUGAUUAUUGAUUAUGCAAAAGUGCAAAGCAAAGUGUCACUUAAAUAUGAUUCCUGGCACAAAGAGACGUUAGGUAAAUUUGGAUCACUUCUUGGAAACGAGAUGGUCAGUUUCCACGCUCAAGUUUCCAAGUCUCGAAGUGAUCUUGAACAACAAUCUAUCGAAGCUGCUAGUACAUCCGAUGCCGUUGGAUUCAUUACCUAUGUUCAGUCUCUAAAACGCAAAAUGAAAGCUUGGGAAAAGCAGGUAGACGUUUAUCGAGAAGGUCAAAGAAUAUUGGAACGUCAAAGGUUCCAGUUCCCCACAAGUUGGCUACAUGUUGAUAAUAUCGAGGGAGAGUGGGGUGCAUUCAACGAAAUUAUUAAACGAAAGGACACGAGCAUUCAGACCCAAGUAGCUUCUUUGCAAAUGAAGAUAGUUGCAGAGGACAAAGCUGUCGAAACGAGAACAACGGAUUUCCUUAGCGACUGGGAAAGAGGUAAGCCUGUCGAAGGCCAUUUACGUCCCGACGAAGCGUUACAGCAAUUGCAACUAUUUGAAAGUAAAUUUGCACGACUCAAAGAAGAAAGAGAUAACGUUGCAAAGGCAAAGGAAGCUUUGGAACUUCAAGAAGUUGGUGGAGUAUCUACGAGCGAAGAUAGAAUGCAGGUUGUAUUCGAAGAACUGCAAGACUUAAGAGGAGUGUGGUCCGAGUUGUCAAGAAUUUGGGCGCAGAUCGAUGAAACCAGAGAGAAGCCAUGGUUGUCGGUUCAACCAAGAAAAUUACGUCAACAAUUGGAUACGAUGAUGGCUCAAUUGAAGGAGCUUCCAGCAAGAUUGAGACAAUAUUCCUCUUAUGAGUAUGUGAAGAAGAUGCUACAGAGUUACACGAAAGUAAACAUGCUAAUUGUGGAAUUAAAAUCCGAUGCACUGAAGGAACGCCACUGGAAACAAUUGACGAAGCAGUUAAGAGUUAACUGGGUGUUAAGCGAAUUAACGCUUGGUCAAGUAUGGGACGUUAAUCUUCAAAAGAACGAAGGUAUCGUUAAAGACGUGAUUCUAGUCGCCCAAGGAGAAAUGGCCUUAGAAGAAUUUUUGAAGCAAGUACGCGAAUCCUGGCAAACAUACGAAUUGGAUUUAAUAAACUAUCAAAGCAAAUGUAGACUAAUUCGAGGAUGGGACGAUCUCUUUAACAAAGUUAAAGAACAUAUUAAUUCUGUCGCGGCGAUGAAGCUGUCACCGUACUACAAAGUUUUUGAAGAAGAAGCAUUAACUUGGGAAGAGAAACUCAACAGAAUCAAUGCCCUCUUUGACGUUUGGAUAGACGUUCAGAGAAGAUGGGUUUACCUGGAAGGUAUAUUUUCGGGUAGUGCCGAUAUCAAAACAUUGUUACCCGUUGAAACAUCGCGUUUCCAAAGUAUUAGUUCCGAAUUUUUGGGAUUGAUGAAAAAAGUAUCGAAAUCACCGAUGGUAAUGGACGUAUUGAACAUCCCAGGAGUUCAAAGAGCUCUUGAGCGCUUAGCAGACCUUUUAGGUAAAAUUCAAAAAGCACUUGGAGAGUACCUCGAACGGGAAAGAACAUCGUUCCCACGUUUCUACUUCGUCGGAGAUGAAGAUUUGCUAGAGAUUAUUGGAAACAGCAAGAAUGUUGCACGACUGCAGAAACACUUUAAAAAGAUGUUCGCAGGCAUAGCAGCCAUUUUGCUGAACGAAGACAAUACCGUCAUCACGGGUAUUGCUUCUCGCGAAGGAGAGGAAGUAACGUUUCAGAAUCCCGUUUCUACGACUGAUCAUCCGAAGAUCAACGAAUGGUUGACACUCGUUGAAAAAGAAAUGAGAGUAACUCUUGCUUCUAGUCUGGCUAGAGCUGUGCAAGAUAUUAAACAGUUUAAAGACGGUAAUGUUAAUCCUCAAGCCUUCAUGACUUGGUGCGACGAAUAUCAAGCACAAAUUAUAGUAUUAGCCGCUCAAAUUCUUUGGUCUGAGGAUGUAGAAGCUGCACUUCAUGAAGCACAAUCUGAUCCUAAUAAAAACCCGCUUGAGAGGGUCCUCAACCAAGUCGAAAUAACAUUAAAUGUUCUGGCCGAUUCGGUGCUUCAGGAGCAGCCAGCCCUGCGAAGAAAGAAACUCGAGCACUUAAUUAACGAGUUUGUGCACAAACGUACUGUCACGAGAAGAUUGAUUGCGAAUAAGGUUUCAAAUCCUAAAGCUUUUGAAUGGUUGUGUGAAAUGCGGUUCUAUUUCGACCCUAGGCAAACCGAAGUACUUCAACAGUUAACUAUACACAUGGCAAACGCAAAGUUCUUUUACGGAUUUGAGUACUUGGGUGUUCAAGAUAGACUCGUUCAAACACCCUUGACUGAUAGAUGCUACUUGACAAUGACACAAGCCUUGGAAGCCAGAUUAGGUGGUUCACCAUUUGGUCCUGCUGGGACGGGAAAGACAGAAUCUGUCAAAGCUCUGGGUCAUCAACUUGGCCGCUUCGUGCUGGUGUUUAAUUGCGACGAAACAUUCGAUUUUCAGGCUAUGGGUCGUAUCUUUGUCGGUCUUUGCCAAGUUGGUGCUUGGGGUUGUUUCGACGAAUUUAAUCGGCUGGAGGAGCGCAUGCUUUCGGCUGUGUCUCAACAAGUUCAAACUAUCCAAGAAGCUCUUAAGAGCCAAAUGGAAGGAAAGAAAGAAGGGAUGCUUUGUGUAGAACUCGUUGGAAAGCAAGUUAAAGUGUCUACGGAUAUGGCAAUUUUCAUUACAAUGAAUCCUGGUUAUGCUGGACGAUCGAAUUUGCCGGAUAAUCUGAAGAAGUUGUUCAGAUCUUUAGCCAUGACCACGCCUGACAGACAAUUGAUUGCUGAAGUUAUGCUUUUCAGUCAAGGAUUCAGAACUGCAGAAAAACUUGCAUGCAAGAUCGUACCAUUCUUCAAGCUAUGCGAUGAACAAUUGUCGAAUCAGUCCCAUUAUGACUUUGGUCUUCGAGCUCUGAAAUCUGUAUUGAUAUCUGCUGGCAACGUAAAACGCGAUCGGAUUCAAAAGAUUAAGGAAGGCAUGCAAAGUCGUGGUGAAACCGAUAUCGAUGAAGCUUCAAUUGCUGAGAAUUUACCGGAACAAGAAAUUUUAAUCCAGUCCGUAUGUGAAACAAUGGUACCGAAAUUAGUUGCUGAGGACAUUCCAUUGUUGUUUAGCUUACUCAACGAUGUAUUCCCGAAUGUGAAUUAUACUCGAGCUGAAAUGAAAGGUCUGAAGGAUCAAAUUAGAAAGGUUUGUGCCGAAGAAUAUUUCGUGUGUGGCGAAGGUGACGAACAAGGUGGAGCGUGGCAAGAAAAGGUUUUGCAACUAUACCAAAUAUGCAACUUGAACCAUGGAUUAAUGAUGGUGGGACCCAGUGGUUCUGGUAAAACCACAGCCUGGAAAGUAUUAUUGAAGGCUCUGGAAAGAUUUGAAGGCACUGAAGGGGUUGCCCAUGUAAUCGAUCCCAAAGCUAUAAGUAAAGAAACGUUGUACGGUGUACUGGAUCCAAACACGCGAGAAUGGACGGAUGGAUUAUUUACGCACAUCUUACGAAAAAUUAUCGACAACGUCAGAGGCGAAAUCAACAAACGUCAAUGGAUUAUAUUCGAUGGGGACGUGGAUCCAGAAUGGGUUGAAAACUUGAAUUCCGUUCUCGACGACAAUAAACUUUUAACAUUGCCUAACGGCGAACGUCUAAGCCUGCCGCCCAAUGUCAGAGUAAUGUUCGAAGUUCAAGAUCUUAAAUAUGCGACACUAGCCACUGUGUCACGUUGCGGAAUGGUGUGGUUCUCGGAGGAUGUACUUUCUACCGAAAUGAUAUUUGAAAAUUACAUGCUUAGGCUGAAGAAUAUCGCACUUGAAGAUGGGGAGGAGGACACCCUUGGAAAGAAGAUGUCCGAUAAAGAAGAUACUAUUUCUCCUGCGUUAUCGGUUCAACGAGAAGUUGCCGGCAUUUUGCAAAGCUAUUUUGCUCCCGAUGGCUUAGUAGUCAGGUGUCUGGAAUAUGCUAUGAAACAAGAACAUAUAAUGGACUUCACCCGUCUGCGUGCUCUUAGCUCUUUAUUCUCGAUGCUUAAUCAAGCCGUACGUAACGUACUGCUGUACAACCACGCGCAUAUAGAUUUCCCUCUACCGAGCGAACAGUUGGAACGUUACAUGCCAAAGUGUCUUGUUUAUGCAUUACUGUGGAGCUUUGCUGGAGACGCUAAAUUAAAGGUUCGAUCAGAUCUGGGAGACUUCAUCAGAUCCAUAACAACGGUGCCUCUGCCAGCUCAGAGCAGCAUACCAAUUAUUGACUUUGAAGUGAACAUACACGGAGAAUGGUUGCCUUGGAGUAACAAAGUACCGCAGAUUGAGGUUGAAACUCAUAAAGUAGCAAGUCCAGAUAUCGUUGUGCCGACCCUGGAUACCGUACGACACGAGAGUUUGCUUUAUACUUGGCUAGCCGAACACAAACCACUUGUGCUCUGUGGACCUCCCGGUUCUGGCAAGACGAUGACUCUCUUCUCCGCUCUAAGAGCUCUCCCUGAUAUGGAAGUUGUCGGAUUGAACUUUUCUUCUGCCACCACCCCGGAACUUCUACUCAAAACGUUUGAUCACUACUGCGAAUAUCGUAAAACGCCUAACGGUGUUGUUCUGUCACCUGUACAACUUGGCAAAUGGCUGGUUUUGUUCUGCGAUGAGAUAAAUCUGCCGGAUAUGGAUAAUUACGGAACGCAGAGAGUAAUCUCAUUCUUGAGACAGUUGGUAGAACACAGAGGAUUCUACAGAACCAGUGAUCAAGCUUGGGUGAGCCUGGAAAGAAUUCAAUUCGUCGGUGCUUGUAAUCCACCGACAGAUCCCGGACGAAAGCCACUAAGUCAUAGAUUUUUGCGUCAUGUACCCGUCAUUUACGUUGACUAUCCUGGUGAGACUUCCCUCAAACAGAUUUAUGGAACCUUCACCCGUGCAAUGCUUAGGUUGACCCCCUCGUUAAGAGGAUAUGCUGAACCGUUGACAAACGCAAUGGUUGAGUUCUAUUUGGCUUCUCAAGAGAAAUUUACGCAAGAUAUGCAGCCACAUUACGUGUAUUCUCCACGUGAAAUGACCCGAUGGGUGCGAGGAAUUUGCGAGGCUAUACGACCUUUGGAUAGCUUAUCGGUUGAAGGUUUGGUUCGUCUGUGGGCUCACGAAGCCCUUCGUCUUUUCCAAGAUAGGCUUGUCGAGGAUUCCGAGCGGGCCUGGACAAAUAAUAAUAUCGACGUCGUUGCCUUGAAACACUUUAUGGACGUCGAUAAGGAGAAAUCACUAUCUAGGCCUAUAUUGUACAGUAACUGGUUAUCCAAAGAUUAUGUACCAGUAAACAGGCAAGAAUUGAGAGAUUAUGUGAGAGCUAGGUUGAAGGUCUUCUACGAGGAGGAACUGGACGUACCAUUGGUUCUCUUUGAUGAAGUUCUUGAGCAUGUUUUGCGAAUUGACAGAAUUUUCCGUCAGCCUCAGGGACAUUUACUGCUAAUUGGUGUCUCUGGCGCUGGUAAGACAACUCUGUCUAGAUUUGUUGCAUGGAUGAAUGGACUUUCCAUUUUCCAAAUCAAGGUCCACAACAAAUACACCGGUGAAGAUUUCGAUGAAGAUUUAAGGCAGGUAUUGAGACGAUCUGGCUGUAAAGAUGAAAAAAUUGCCUUUAUCCUUGACGAGUCCAAUGUCUUGGAUUCUGGUUUCUUGGAGAGAAUGAACACUUUACUAGCUAAUGGAGAGGUCCCAGGAUUAUUCGAGGGCGAUGAAUAUACGACUCUUAUGACACAAUGCAAAGAAGGCGCUCAACGGGAAGGAUUGAUGUUGGACUCUAACGAAGAACUGUACAAAUGGUUCACUGGUCAAGUUAUGAAGAAUUUGCACGUCGUCUUUACGAUGAAUCCAAGUACCGAUGGCUUAAAGGAUAGGGCCGCUACAUCACCGGCAUUGUUCAAUAGAUGCGUACUCAAUUGGUUCGGCGAUUGGUCCGAUAACGCAUUGUUCCAAGUAGGAAAAGAGUUUACGAACCGUGUCGAUUUAGAAAGGCCAUCUUGGAAAUGCCCCGAUUUCUUCCCGUCGGUUUGUUCGCUAAUACCUGCACAACCAUCUCACCGAGACGCCGUCAUUAAUGCAUGCGUGUACGUGCAUCAGACACUGCACAAAGCAAAUGCCAGACUGGCUAAAAGAGGCAGCAGAACUAUGGCGAUCACACCUCGUCAUUAUCUGGACUUCAUCAAUCACUUCGUUAAGUUAUACCAAGAAAAGAGAAGCGACCUAGAGGAACAGCAACUUCACUUGAACGUUGGCUUGGGUAAAAUCGCUGAAACUGUAGAACAAGUUGAGGAAAUGCAGAAGAGCUUGGCAGUCAAAUCUCAGGAACUGCAAGCCAAGAACGAAGCCGCAAACGCCAAAUUACGGCAGAUGGUUAAAGAUCAACAAGAAGCUGAGAAGAAGAAAGUUCAAAGUCAAGAAAUUCAACAACAAUUGGCCGCACAAACAGUAGCCAUCAACCAGAAACGAGAAGAUGUCAUGGCUGAUUUAGCGCAAGUUGAACCAGCUGUCAUAGAUGCUCAGAAUGCGGUGAAAUCGAUAAAGAAACAGCAUUUGGUUGAGGUUCGCACCAUGGCGAACCCACCAGCGAUCGUCAAGGUUGCGCUGGAGUCUAUCUGCCUGUUGCUCGGCGAAAAUGCCAACGACUGGAAAACUAUCCGCACGGUCGUCAUGCGAGACAAUUUUAUCAAUACCAUUGUCUCUAAUUUCAGUACCGAGGACAUUACUGACGAAGUUCGUGAGAAAAUGAAAAGUCGUUACUUGAGUAACCCUGAGUAUAACUUUGAAAAAGUUAACCGAGCUAGUUUGGCAUGUGGUCCGAUGGUUAAAUGGGCUACGGCACAGAUUGAAUAUGCCGAUAUGCUGAAACGAGUGGAACCACUGCGAGAUGAACUCCAUUCUCUCGAGCACCAAGCAGAAACUAAUAUGCUCAAAGGCGAAGAAGUGAAAAAUUUAAUUGCUCAACUGGAACAAAGUAUCGCCUCCUACAAGGAAGAAUAUGCUCAGCUGAUAUCGCAAGCACAAGCUAUUAAGGCUGACUUGGAAAAUGUACAGGGCAAAGUAGACAGGUCUAUAGCCCUUCUAAAAUCUCUGGUAAUAGAAAGGGAAAGAUGGGAGGCAACGAGUGAAACGUUUAGAAGUCAAAUGUCUACAAUCAUCGGAGAUGUUCUUUUGUCAUCUGCAUUCUUGGCUUACGCCGGUUACUUCGAUCAACACUACCGUCAAAAUCUAUUUACUACAUGGUGUCAACAUCUGCAGCAUGCAAACUUGCAAUUCCGACCAGAUAUUGCAAGAACCGAGUAUCUUUCCAACCCCGAUGAACGAUUAAGGUGGCAAGCCAAUGCUCUGCCAACGGAUGACUUGUGCACUGAAAAUGCUAUUAUGUUGAAGCGUUUCAACAGAUACCCCUUGAUCAUCGACCCAUCGGGUCAAGCAACAGAAUUCAUAAUGAACGAGUUCAAAGACAGGAAAAUCACCAAGACCAGUUUCUUGGAUGAUUCGUUUAGAAAGAACUUGGAAAGUGCGUUGCGAUUUGGUAAUCCAUUGCUGGUGCAAGACGUCGAAAAUUACGACCCCAUCUUAAAUCCCGUUCUCAAUAGAGAAUUGAGAAGAACAGGUGGUCGAGUUCUGAUAACACUCGGGGACCAAGAUAUCGAUCUUUCUCCAUCGUUUGUCAUCUUCUUGUCUACUCGAGAUCCUACCGUAGAAUUCCCCCCAGAUAUUUGCUCUCGCGUAACAUUCGUCAACUUCACCGUAACUAGAAGCUCCUUGCAAAGUCAAUGCUUGAACCAGGUCCUCAAAGCGGAGAGACCGGACAUCGAUGAAAAGAGGUCAGACCUUCUGAAAUUGCAAGGGGAGUUCCACCUCCGACUGAGGCAACUCGAAAAGUCUUUGCUGCAAGCUCUGAAUGACGCCAAAGGCAAAAUCCUCGACGAUGAUUCGGUUAUUACAACCCUGGAAACGUUAAAACAAGAGGCUGCUGACAUCAGUAAGAAGGUCGAAGAGACGGAUAAAGUCAUUGGAGAAAUCGAGACGGUGUCUCAGCAAUACCUGCCACUCUCGCAAGCAUGCUCUAAUAUGUACUUUACCAUGGACAGCCUCAACCAAGUACAUUUCUUAUAUCAGUACUCAUUGAAAAUGUUCUUGGACAUUUUCACAUCCGUGCUGUCUCAAAAUCCAAAACUAUCCGGAAUAUCGGAUUAUACUCAGAGACUGUCCCGAAUAACGAGCGACCUGUUCUCCGUCUGUUAUGAGCGCGUGGCAAGAGGAAUGUUACAUACGGAUAGACUAACAUUCGCCUUGUUGUUGUGUCGCAUUCAUUUGAAAGGAAUCACCACAGAAUCGACUUACGACAACGAGUUUACGUUCUUCUUAAGAGGCAAGGAAGGGGUACUGAACGUCAGAGGACCACCCGUGCCCAGUUUGAGUUCCGAGCAACAAGAGGCAAUGAUGCGAUUGAGCCUUCGACUGCCAGCCUUCAAAAGAUUAUCGGAAAAGAUCCAAACGGACGCGGAAUUUAGCGCUUGGUUGCAAUCGCCUUCACCCGAGACAUGUGUGCCUCAACUUUGGGACGAAGAGAAACCUUUGUCACCAACUGGAACGGCUAUGCAUCAGCUCCUUGCUAUCCAAGCUUUCAGACCGGAUAGAGUAAUAGCAGCUGCGUCUCUGGUAGUGACAUCCGCCCUCGGUGAAUCCUUCAUGGCUGCAGCGGAAGCUGAGUUGGACUUUGCAUCCGUGGUCGAGACCCAACUGAAAGCAGCUGUCCCAGCGUUACUGUGCUCCGUUCCUGGCUUCGAUGCUUCCAGCAGAGUGGACGAUCUAGCUGCCGAGCUCGGAAAACAAAUCGCCAGCAUCGCCAUAGGUUCUGCGGAAGGUUUCAAUCAAGCUGACAGAGCUAUUAACAUGGCAGUCAAGGCGGGUAGAUGGGUACUAUUGAAGAACGUGCACCUAGCGCCGCAGUGGUUGGUGCAACUUGAAAAGAAAUUGCAUAGUUUACAGCCACACGCGAGCUUCCGAUUGUUCCUCACGAUGGAAAUCAAUCCCAAGGUCCCUGUCAAUUUGCUCAGAGCUGGUCGCAUAUUUGUGUUUGAACCACCCCCGGGUAUCAGAGCGAAUCUGCUGCGUACUUUUAGUACCGUACCCGCUUCGCGUAUGAUGAAAGCACCAAACGAAAGAGCUCGUCUUUACUUCCUGCUCGCGUGGUUCCAUGCAAUCGUUCAAGAACGACUUCGGUAUGCGCCUCUGGGAUGGGCAAAGCAUUACGAGUUCAAUGAGAGCGAUCUGAGAGUGGCGUGUGAUACGUUGGACACUUGGAUAGAAACCACAGCUAUGGGACGGACCAAUCUACCACCGGAGAAGGUUCCAUGGGAUGCCCUGGUUACUCUUCUCUCUCAAUGCAUUUACGGCGGGAAGAUUGACAAUGAUUUUGAUCAGCGCCUGUUGGCUUCGUUCCUUAGAAAAUUAUUCACACCGAGAUCUUUCGAGGCAGACUUCGCUCUGGUGGCAAAUGUGGAUGGCGCCCAAGGAAGUCAGCGUCAUAUAACAAUGCCAGAUGGAACCAGGCGCGAUCACUUCCUCAAGUGGAUUGAAUCUCUUUCCGACAGACAAACGCCAUCUUGGUUGGGACUUCCCAAUAACGCGGAAAAGGUACUUCUUACGACCAGAGGAACGGAUUUGGUCUCUAAACUCUUAAAGAUGCAACAACUCGAAGACGAAGACGAGCUGGCGUAUUCUAAUGACGAAUCUUUGAGUGCUCCUCGGGAAACGGAGGCUGAUGGGCGUCCAUCAUGGAUGAGGACCUUACACAAUUCUGCUUCCACUUGGUUGCAAUUACUUCCUAAAAAUCUACCAACUCUGAAGAGGACAGUGGAAAAUAUUAAAGAUCCAUUGUACAGAUAUUUCGAGAGAGAGGUUCAUAGUGGAGCCAAAUUGCUUCAGGAUGUUAUUCAUGAUUUAGAAGACGUCGUCUUGAUCUGUCAGGGCGAGAAGAAACAGACGAAUUACCAUAGGACGAUGCUUUCGGAACUGGUAAAGGGUAUUUUACCUGCUGGAUGGAGAAGGUACACCGUGCCCAGAGGAUGCACCGUCAUUCAAUGGAUCACCGAUUUUAGUCACAGAGUUACUCAAUUGCAAGAAGUAUCUCGGUUGGUUUCCCAGGGCGGUGCGAAGGAAAUUAAGAGCUUCCCUGUAUGGUUGGGUGGACUGCUGAACCCAGAAGCUUACAUCACGGCGACGAGACAAUGCAUCGCGCAGGCAAACAGUUGGUCCCUCGAAGAAUUGCAGCUCGACGUAACGAUCGGGGAUGGCGACAAUAUCUCCACGGACGACUGCUCAUUCGCCGUCACUGGAUUGAAGUUGCAGGGAGCACAAUGCAAAGAUAAUCAGCUGUAUCUUACGUCGACCAUCAUGACCGAUUUGCCGGUUACCAUGCUCCGAUGGGUGCGAUCAAGCAGCGAAGAAGCUAAAAAGGGCAAACUGUCCUUGCCGGUCUAUUUAAACAGCACCCGUACCGAAUUACUAUUUACAGUAGAUUUGAACAUAGCUGCGAACCAGGAGCAGCACAGCUUUUACGAGCGAGGUGUCGCAGUUUUAACUUCUACCGCUUUAAAUUAAUCAAUCUUUGCUGCGCCAAAUAAUAUUGCGCUGCUGGUCAGUAUCGCGUUCUUAUCCGAUGUACGACUACCUAUAACAUUAGAAGACCCGUGUAAAGUCACUUUUAUUAAUUUAAUUUAAUACCGUAACAUAGGAGACUUAUACCGAAGGUAGCGACCCUCGAUAAUUUAAAUGGGUGAAUCGUACUUGCAAACGCAUCGAUCGCAAAUCUUGUAAUAUACGUGUUAUUUAAUUCUUUGCAUUCGGCUUUAAAAACCAUAAUAGGCAGUGUUCCGUUUAAUUAUUUCUAUUCCCCGAGGUGAAAGUCAACUUUUUUGUUACCUGUAUAUCUAUUAAAUGCUAUCUCACUGUCAA